AUGUUCCAUUCCAGCGCUUUAGGCGGAGUUGAUGGGACUCUAAUAUUUGGAGAAUAUUCGAAGAAGCAAAUUCCUGGGAGAGUUUACCACGUUCCCUUGGUCCCUAGUUCACCUCCGGUCAAACACUGGAUCGUUCAGGUCGAAAGCAUUACUUGCGAAGAUGGUACUGUCUUGCUCGAGAACUUCUCGGCGCUCCUGGACACCGGCUCCACUAAAUCAUAUCUUCCUCCACCAUUCGUCAACCGUCUUUUCAGUGGGGAUUGGGCCAUGCCGAAUGAAAGUGGAGACAUAUCAUGUGAUGCCAUGCUGGAAAUGCCCGAGCUGAAAGUGAAAUUGCCUGAGCUCCACUUAUCCUGGGGUGCGAUGCAAUACAUUAUACAG